CUUGUGAGGCGAGGUGUAGUUUCCAAAACCACACCCUCAUAAACAAACUCUGAUAAAGGAGGUGCUGCAUGGUCAGUCUUCACACCUAUAAGCUGCAGUGUACAGCCUCAUGGAGCAAACAGUUAACAUAGUUUCAAGGGAACAGUGGGGAGCAGCCGCCCCGAAACAAACAGAGAGUCUCAAAGGUCCAGCGCAGAGAGUUGUGAUACACCACACGGCCCUCCUGAACUGCAAGGGCCUGGCAGAGAGUAAGGACCAUCUUCUGAGCAUCCAGAUGCUUCAUAUGAAGGACAGACAUUUUGAUGACAUCGGGUAUAAUUUCCUUAUUGGAGGAGAUGGUAGUGUGUUUGAGGGUCGAGGAUGGGGUGUGAGAGGGGCGCACACCAAAGGCCACAACGAUGACUCCUUGGGCAUCGCAUUAAUGGGCAAUUUUAACAAUGACACACCGAGCAAAGAGGCGUUGUUGUCAGUCAAACAGCUGCUGAUGUCUGGAGUCAGACAAGGAUUCAUACAACCAGACUUUGUGCUUUAUGGGCACAGAGAUUUAGGAGCUACACAAUGCCCUGGAGAACAUCUUUAUGCUGCACUGCCACAACUGAGGAUAUGACCUUGAAUGAACCUCUCAGGAAAAAGAGAGGAAGAGGAAGUCUAAACCGCUGACUUAUUUCAACCCUUUACCAGCUCCUUUCUAACCCCACGUUGAACAUUAUGCCAUGUGGGUAGAGCUCUGAUUAGAUUUUCAUUGGUGCUGUUGAAACCACACUAACUUGUUCCCAGGAAGGACUCUGAUUGACCCCCUGAUACCAAGAGGUCAGCAGUAGAGCCUUGAAAUUGUGAAGACAGGAGCCAAGGUUUGCCCUAACAAUCACACUACCUGCAGCGACUUGCUCUCUUCAUCCAACUGGGUGAUGAAUAUUGAACUAUUGAUCUCACAUUGAAGAAUUUCAUGUAACCCGCCCCCUUUGGGAGCGAUGGGCUGCCAUCGUGGGACGCAAUUGGGGGUUAAGGGUCUUGCUCAGAGAGCCAGAGUGGCAGUCUGUGGGAGUGGGGCUCAAACUUAAUACAUAACCUAAGGAUUCCAAGCUCUAUGCCCUAACCCCAGGCCGCCACUCCCAAUCCAGAUGAUAUAAAGCAGAACAUGAGACAUCAGACUACCCUCCUUCUUUGAUCUCUGUGUGGACCAGUCUUCUGUCUACCCCUAUUUACUGAUUAUCUAAACAGACCUCAGCUUGAACCCCACCUUGAACACCUCUCAAGAGCUGGAGUUUAUAUUAUCACCCAGCCAUCUUUAUUUAGUUCAUUGAAUCCAGUCUGAUCAUUGUUUCCUGCUUCUGAAACAUCAACUUUCAGGAAAAAUUGCUCAACUGCUGCUUAAGAAUUCCCAUCAACAAAAAACUACCCUGAUGAUUUAUCUUGUUUAUUAUCCUCUCUUUUCAAUUACAUUAUGGCUAAGCAUACCUCAAACUGUUUUAAUGCUUGUAAAGGGGGUUCUUUUCCACCAGAGGGAGCCAUGACAAAGGGCAAAACAACAGGAAGCACCAUGUCACUAAUAGAAACAUUCCCUAAUCUUAGGAGUUGGAAGUGUUCUGUUCUUUUCUACCAUGUAAGCUCAACUACUUUAGUCAAUGUGCAAUAUAAGAGUAAGAGUG